AUGGGUAAGUUUUCGAUGUUAACAUUAAGUUGACUUUGAAAGUGUAAAAUUUAAAUUGUUAAAUAUGUGUUGUUCUCACAGAUUGUUCAGUUUGUUUUAAUUAUAAUUUCGUUAAAUAUUCGUUGAAAAAUUCUAAAUUAACUAAGUAGAGAUAUGGUUCAUUGAACAAGGACACAUAACCUAACUCUUCGAUUUGCAGGUAAACCUCGUGGUUUGCGUACGGCACGUAAACAUGUAAAUCAUAGACGCGAUCAGCGUUGGAAUGACAAGGACUACAAGAAAGCUCAUUUGGGAACGAGAUGGAAGGCCAAUCCAUUCGGUGGUGCUUCUCACGCGAAGGGUAUUGUACUAGAAAAAGUUGGCGUAGAAGCUAAACAACCGAACUCUGCUAUUCGUAAAUGCGUGCGAGUGCAAUUGAUCAAAAAUGGGAAAAAAAUUACGGCCUUUGUACCUAGGGAUGGCUGUUUGAAUAACAUCGAGGAAAACGAUGAAGUAUUGGUUGCAGGAUUUGGUCGCAAAGGUCAUGCUGUGGGUGACAUUCCAGGAGUACGAUUCAAAGUAGUGAAAGUUGCUAAUGUUUCGUUGCUCGCACUGUAUAAAGAAAAGAAAGAGCGACCUAGAUCGUAAAAUAUGUAAUAAAAUAAAAAAAGUAUAAAAAACAUUUUUUUUUAAAUUACUACUUUGUUGAUAUCCAUGAACAUUUUUAUUUUUAUAAAAGUACUGAGAAUUUAACGUUUUUGAAAAAUUCCUAGAAUAAAAUUAACAAGUAUCCAUGCAUAUAUUCGUAGCUUCUUCAGUAUGUGUAACAGUAUUUCCAAUAAUUUCAUUUAAUGGAGUAUUUAAUUUUUUUGUCUCUUUUGGUAUAUUGGUACUCAAUAUUUCUUCCUUUGCUUGUAGAAACUAAAUAUUGAAUAAUUUUAAUUUAUAUAAAUUAACGCUGCAUCAUAUCAAAUAUAAAAUAGUAUAUAAAAGUACAAAACCUGUAUUAAAGAAGAAAAAUUUGUAUAUAUAUUGUUGAUAUCAGCAUCCAUGGAGUAUGAGUUAUUCUUUACACUUUUCAUAUUAAAUUUUAACCAUGAAUCAACAGAUGAAUAUGCUUCCAUAAAAUUUUUUUUUUCUUCAUUAAAUAACAAAUCUAGAUUAUGAUCAUUAGCUUCCUUUUCAUCCUAUAAUUUAUUUAAUUUUGUAUAUUAUUUUAAAACAAAAAUAUAAAAUAUACAAUUAUAUAUAAAAUAUAUAUAUAUAACUGUACAUAAAAUAUAUAAUGAUACAAUUAGCAAAGAAAUGAUUCUGAAUACGAAAUAAAUUUAAAAAUUUGCUUUUUCCAUCUCUAGCUCAGCUUUGAAAGAAUCAUUUUCUUCGUAGUUGUAACAUCAGUUAUAGAUCAUCUUGUAUACAUUUUUAAUGAUAUUACUUCUGAAACCUGUUCCAUUACAUGGUCUUCAUUUUCAGAUUUACAAAUAGGUGAUGAUUCUUCAUGUUUAUUUAGAUUACUCUGCAAAUUUUCAAAAUAUUGCAUAGAUUCAGAAUAAUUUAAUUUUGGUUCAAUAUUACACAAGAAUGUAUUUGGAUCUUCAUUGAUAUAAACCUAAUAUAAAAUAUGUACAUAAAUAAGCAAAGUCAUAUACAUAUUUGUACUGUAUUUGUUUACAUACAUUUAAUAUAUCGUCAAUGGAUUCUUUUUCAUUGCAUUUAGUAUCAGAAGACUGAAGAAAUAAACAUUUUAUAAAAUCUAAUAAUAAUCUCAAAGUUGGAAGUUGUUCUUUCCAUGGACAAUUUCCCUGUAAAAAAACAAUUUAAGUUUCUCUCUGUGCAAAUAACACAGAUAAAACAAACUACAAACCAAUAAUAAUUUCUUAUCAGUACAAAUCCCGAUUUCAGAAUAAGAUUUUAAUAGUUCUUCUGCAAAAAACGAAAAUUUCAUAAUGAAUAUAUUAAAUAUUACUCAUAUACUACAUUACAUUAACACUAAUUAUGACAAAAAUAAACCUUCUAAAGCAGCGCCUUUUAAUUUUUGAAAUUUGGAAGCUAUCAGUGGGGACUUUUCAGCUAAAAGCCAAGAUAAUAAUGAAAGUCGAUUUUUUCCACUUAGAAUUGUUAUUUCUACGUUGUUUGCCAUAACUGUUGUAAUUUUUGGAUAUUUUAUUUGUAAUAAAGUAUUAUAAAUAUCAGUCAUUAAUUCCUCUACAUUACACAUUGUUGUAAAUAAUAUUCUAACUUUAUCAUAUAAAUUAUGUUUAAUUUUAUAUUUAUUGUGAUUUUUAAUAUAGUUUAAUGUUUUAACACUUAGCCAAUCGCUGCAACACACCAAACUGUACGCUAUCUACCGCGCGAUUCUUCGCAAGUAACGCAGACUAUUUGAAAGACAAAGAAUAUUUAAAAAUUAUUUUUAUGGAUAAUUAUAUUUAGUGGUAACGAUCUUGUAUUACUUGUUGUGUAUACAAAACAUGAAAUUAAAAGUAUAUAACAAUUAUUUUUUGUAGUUUAUGCAAGAAAGAUAUGUAAUAGAUAUUGAAAAUAAAUAAUAUUAAAGAUAAUUGAAGAUAAAUAA